UAUAGAUCAUAUACUGUGUUUGGCCAUGGACGUAGUUAUUCCAGUGGAACAUGACCCAAAUCUGUACAGAUAUAAAGGAUUUUGUUUUCUUCGAAUUAAUAAAAAAGAAUACAUUGACUCAUUGCAGGAGUUUAAAAUUAGGGAUGACGAUGUGUUUCUGGUCACAUACCCUAAGUCAGGUACCAUUUGGACUAAGAACAUUUUAAGCUUAAUAUACAGUGAGGGGCAUAGAACCGGCACAGAAAAUAUUGACACUGAAGAUAGAGUACCAUCAAUUGAGUUCAAUUUUACAAAUCUAGAUUUUGAUUCCUGUCCAUCACCUCGCCUCUUUUCAACACACUUAUCUUAUUCAUUAGUUCCACAGGAACUGAGAAAGAAAAAAGGAAAGGUUAUAUAUGUCAUGAGGAACCCAAAGGAUGUUAUGACAUCUUUGUAUCAUUUUCAAAAUAUUGUUAUCAUUAUGAAUAAAGCACCAGACUUUGAGACGCUAAUGCAAAGAUUUUCGGAUGGAGAUGUUUUUGCUGGUACAUGGUUUGAUCAUGUUCAAGGAUGGUACACCCACAAUGAAGAUUUCAAUAUCCUGCAUAUAAAGUAUGAAGACAUGAUCAUGGAUCUUCGCUCUGUUGUCAAAAAAAUGUGCACAUUUCUAGGAAAGGAGCUGGAUGAGGAUUCCCUGGAUAUUGUAGUAAAAAAUGCAACUUUUAAAGAGAUGAAAAAGGAUCCAAGAGCUAAUAAAGAGAACCUACCAGAAGAUGUAUUUGAGAAAAACAAGGGAGAAUUUAUGCGUAAAGGUACUAUUGGAGACUGGAAAAAUCAUAUGACUGUAGCACAAAGGUUCGACAAGCUAUUUCAUGAAAAAAUGAAGGAUUUGCCAAUCACCUUCACAUGGGAUAAUCCCAAGAAGUCAGACCAAAUAGAUGAAAAAUCAUCUUAAAAAUCAUAAUCUAUUUUAAAACAUCACCUUU